AUGACAUCAAGGACGUUACAGCAGCUUGCAAACUAUUUAAAUGUGUUUGGCGAACUUGUCAAACAAACGAAACAAUUACAAGAAGAAGUCGAAACGGAGAUGAAGUUCAACGAACAAAGACUUUUAGUCGUGUCUCAAAGAAAAAAGAUUAUCGAAGAAGACUAUAAAAGUCCUAAUACUUUAAACACUCGAUUCCAAAGCUCUGAAGAUGAUGUAACACAAGACGAAAUCAAAGCAAUAGAGAAACACAGCGGAUACUUGAUCCAUUCUCAAAGAAGCCAUUUCACUAAUGAUAAUUUGAAUGGAACUGCUUUAGAAUUGGCUGUGCAAAAAGUGCCACGUGGAUGUGUUUUCUUUAAAAACAAAUCGAGAGCUUUUGGAUUCUUUUUCGAUACUAAUAAAAAGAAACACAUCUCAAACACUGUCUUUAAAAUAGAAAAUAAUGUCUUCAUCCCAACAGAUGGAAUUUAUAUGUACAAUUUUAUUAAAGAAAGUAUCGGUAACACCAACGUCGUGAGUGUCGGAGAUGUUAUUGUCAGUCGUAUGUGGGGAGGAUUAACUGUUGAUCCAUAUUUCAUCUUUGGAAAGGAAUCUCCUGAGGUAAAGACUUACUACAAAAAUCAGUCUGACGUUUUCGUUGCUGAAAAUUGUGUUCUCCUUACCUUCAAAUAA